CUUUUCGCCUUAAAGCCACAGUCGUCAUUUUCGAGUUUUUCCUGCCGGCGAGCGAUUUACACAUCUAGGGUAGGACAAUGACCAGCGAGGCCUCCCCGUGGGAAUUGACUCCCAAAGGUCUGACGUCAUUCGUGUCCACCCAUCUACGCCACGGGGACCAUUUUGCAGACGAGGUUGCACAGGUGCUUCGCAACCUCGUUCUCUACAUCACGAAACAGGCAUCGUACUCUAUUGCCAGGACCUCCGUGAGUGGUGACCUCGUUUCGGGAACGACCUCGACACAAGAGGAUGUCGAGUUCCAACUUUCCCUCUACCUGUCAGAUUUCCGGAGUAUUGGAGACUACCGUAAGGGAAUCCAGGCUGUACUGGCUCAAACAAGAGAUCUCCUGAAGGCCGGAGGCGUACAUGACGCGGUGAGACUGCGGGGGCAGGAGAGCCUAAAGGACGGGGCAGUUCAAGUCAGGAUCAUGGUAAAUAACGAGUGGUAUGACGGAACGGUCAUGCCGGCUGUGGACCUCAUCGGAGCGAAUCCAAGUAAAUCUGUUAAAGAAACAAUGUACCGCCAGUUCAUGCAGGACACGGAUAAGCUUCCCUACCAGGCAACCUUGGGUGACAUCCGCCAUCGUUUCAACCAGAGCCUUCCCCAAAAUGUAAAAGAUUUGAUUCUGAUGAUCAAGUGCUGGAGGUGGAAUCGGCUCAGACUCCGAAGGGAUAAACCCAACGGUCGGUUCUUUGAGUUGUUCGUUGUCCACUGUUGGGAGGGGAGUGGUGCCGGGGAGGGGUUCGGGCUUGCUGCCGGGCUGAAGGAGGUUCUACUCCUGCUGAGUGACUGGAAGAAUAUCAAGAUCACCUGGGAUGAGAGUGAACGGCGGGCCUACCCGAGACGAGUAUCAGAUGAAAAAUGGCGAAAGAUUCUUGCAAGCAAAGACUACGACGAGCCGUUUGCUUUGGACCCCAUUGACCCCUACCCUGAAUACUGUGAAGGGGUCAAGAUAUUCACGUGGGACGAUAUUUCACGCACUGUGCGGGAAACGCUCCUGGAGCCCUUAUUCCAAGCCCUGCCAGCGGAUUCAAAAUGGUGACUUCAAGAAGAGACAAAUGGGUUUUGAUUCAAGGAUCGAAAUUGGAGGAAAAUAAAAGGAGAGGAUGCCUUUGGAAAUUACUCCUUAGACUUAUACAUUUUAUUGCAAAUUUUGUAUGCACAGGACCGCUUCUGAUUAUUUUGUUGAAAAACAACCCCAUGAGAACGCCAGUUUUAGAAAAGGAUAUCAUUUUGUUUCAUCUCAAAAUUCGAAUCUGUAUCAGACAUCUGAAAGCACACAAUGUUUAAAUGCAACAUGAUGGUUCUUGUUUUCUUUUAUUAAUAACUUAUUGCAAUUUCGAUGAUCAAUUGGGCCCAGAACAUCACAGGUUUGCAUAUUUUAUGCAUUCAAAUGUUGGUAUAGGCCAACACCAAGUAAGUAUAAAAGUCUUUGACAUUUACCAAAAUGUCAUAUCAAUUAUCA